AUGCCUGGCCAAAAACACAUUGUCUUCGACGUAGUCGGCACAUGCGUCUCAUUCGACGCCUUCUACAAUGGCAUCGACAAAGUCAUCGGACCACGCCUGUUAGCCCGAAAUAUCACAGCCCGCUCCUUCGGCUUUACAUGGAUGACAGCGGCGGAGCUGGAAUUCACCUUUCUCUCCAUUUCCGAGCGCUAUAAGCCAUACAAGGAAGUCAUGCUGGCAGUCUUCUUCCGCACACUAUACAUGAUGGGCGUUGAGGAUCCUCGCUCUUUCGCAACUGAAGCCGAGAGAAACCAGUGCGCGCAGAGUUACUCCGAUCUCGAGCUACGCCCCGGAACAAAGGAGUGUUUUGCUAAGCUUCGUGAUGCGGGUUUCACGGUCUGGUGUCUUACUACUGGAGAUGUGACGCGUGUGCGGGGCUAUUUUGAGCGCGGGGGUGUCGAUAUGCCUCUGGUGAAUUUCCUUAGUUGUGAUACGGCUGGCAUUGCUAAGCCGGCGCUGAAGGCUUAUAAGCCUGCUUUGGCCCGGUUUAAGGAUGAUGAUGUGAAGUGGUUUGCGGCGGCGCAUAUGUGGGAUGUCUCGGCUGCUGUGAAGGUCGGGUUUCGGGGUGCUUAUUGUACUGUUUAUGAGAAGGAGUCUUGUGCGGAGAUAUUUGAUGUAGAUAUGGAGGUUCUUGAGGAUAGUUUGCCUGUGAUGGCGGAUAAGGUCAUAGCAGCUUCAUCUUAA